AUGGACAUCGACCCCAAGCCCGUUCCCGAGUUCCUCACGCAGCAGCGGGACGAGGUAGCCCCGCCCAGCCUGCAGCCGCUCUUCAUCGACUUCGAGGACUACUGGGAGCGCAAGCUGUGGCACCAGCUGACGGGCGUGCUGCUCCAGUUCUUUGAGCACCCCGACAGCGCGCCCCAGCGCAUCCCGCUCUACAAGAACUUUGUGCUGUCCUUCUCGGAUAAGAUAAAUCAGCUCAAGCUCGUCACGUUAGGCCUGUCGGCGUCGAGACAGUGCAAAGAUAACCAGGAGGCACUAGAGUUCCUGACAGCCCUGGCGGAAAAGGUGAAUCGGGACGACUCGAAGGAUGCAUAUGUCUAUGCCACGGUCGAGGUAGCUCGGGUAAAGCUGCUCCUGAGAGAUCUGGAGGGCGCACGGAAAGCUCUGGAUGAUGCCGAGAAGCAUCUCGAGACCUUUGACUCUGUCGAGUCCGUCGUCCACGCUUCAUUCUACCGUGUGAACGCCGAUUACUACAACGCAAAACUCGAAUUCGCCUCCUACUACAAAAACGCCCUCCUAUACCUCGCCUGCGUCAACGUCACCGACCUCAGCACCCCCGAGCAGCAAGAACGCGCCUACAACCUCUCCGUCGCCGCCCUCCUCGGCGAGACCAUCUACAACUUCGGCGAGCUCCUCCUGCACCCCAUCCUCGACUCGCUCAAAAACACCGAACACGCCUGGCUGCGCGAGCUCCUCUUCGCCUUCAACGCCGGCAACCUCGCCGGCUUCCACGGGCUCUCUGGCCACCUCUCCAAGCAGCCCCUGCUCGAGCAACAGUCCAAGUUCCUCCGCGAGAAGAUCUGCCUUUCCGCUCUGACGGAGGCGGUGUUCCGCCGCCCGCCGCACGACAGGGCCAUGUCGUUUGCGACCAUCCUGGAGGAGACACGUGUCUACCCCGAGGAGGUCGAGCAUCUGCUGAUGAAGGCGCUGAGCUUGGGGCUCGUGAGGGGAAGCAUUGAUCAGGUGGCCGAGGUGGCGAGGAUCUCGUGGGUGCAGCCGAAGGUCUUGGAUAAGGACCAGAUUGUGAGUAUGAAGCAGAGGCUGCUGGACUGGGAUGAGAGCGUGAAUAAGAUGGGUGCGUGGAUGGAGACUACGUUGGCGCCGCCGGCGGAGGCUUAG